AUGUCUUUUCGGGUUCUUGCACUCUCUGCAGUUCUUUGCUGUGUCCUGGCACAGAGAGUGCCCAGGCCGCAGUUAGACGAACACUGGGAAAUCUACAAGGACAUCCACAACAAGAAAUAUGUACCAGAAGAAGAACACGUCCGAAGACUCAUCUGGGAAGACAACUUGGACUUUAUCCGGAGGCACAACCUAGAGUAUGACCUGGGGCUUCGGACGCACACGGUGGCGGUCAACAGUUUUGCUGAUUUGACAUCGGAGGAGUACCGCCAGCUUUACCUCGGCUACCGUCCGAACGAGAGAAAGAAGACUGCACUGGGUGUACACAACGAAGCUUCAUUGUACGACGUUCCGAGCGAGGUCGACUGGCGUAAAGAAGGCUAUGUAACUGCCGUGAAAAAUCAGGGCAAGUGUCGUUCCUCUUGGGCAUUCUCAGCGACUGGAUGUCUAGAAGGGCAGGUUUUCGCGAAGACCCGCUAUCUAGUCUCCCUCAGCGAGCAGAACCUGGUGGAUUGUGAUAAGGAGUCAUCAGGCUGCGAAGGAGGAAGCAUAGACAGCGCUUAUUGGUACUUGUCCGAGAGCGGUGGUAUCGACACGGAAGAGUCAUAUCCGUACACGGGUCGUAAGGGACCUUGCAAGUUCAAUGCAAGCGGUGUAGCAGUUAGUGACAUAGGAUAUUAUAUCGUCAAGUGGGGCAGCGAGGAUGCUCUGACGAGUGCCGUGGCCAAUGUUGGACCCAUUUCUGCAGGUAUCGAUGCCUCUCAUCGGUCCUUCCGAUUCUACAGUGGCGGCGUUUACAACGAACCUCACUGCAGCCCUUCUAAUAUGACCCAUGCGGUCCUUGUGGUUGGCUACGGUACAGGGAGUCAUGGCGACUACUGGAUAGUCAAGAACAGCUGGGGAGAAGGCUGGGGAGAGAAGGGCUACAUCCUCAUGAGCAGAAACAAGGACAACCAAUGUGGCAUCGCAUCCCAUGCAUCUUACCCCCUUAUUGUAUUGUAA